CUCGCGCCGCGCUCCAGCUACCUCGAGGAAAGAAACCGAGAGCCCGCGCGCCCGCGCUCGGCGGCGUUCGAUCUCUCGGCUCGAUCAGCCCCGGCCUCGCGGCGUUCGUCCCGUCCCUCCGUCCGCGCGCCGCCGUUCUUGGGAGGAGUUAGUUCUUGCCCGGGCCGGAGGAGAUGGGGAGGAAGUCUGCGCAGAUUGGCAGCCGGUACGGCCGCGUGUGCGAGGAGCUGCUGGAGAUGGGCGCCCGGGUCGCCGUGCGGUCCUACGGGCACUGCCCCCAGACGGGGCGCAUGUACUACAAGCCCCCCUCGACUCCCGCCACCACCGACGGCAGCGGGAACGGGAAGAAGGCCGCGUCUGGAGGGCCCGGUAGUACGUUGGCGGCGGCCGCGGCGGCGGCGGCAGCGAGGAGGCAGCGGCAGGCGGCGUCCAAGGUGGAGUUUCACGGCUCGGAGUUCAUCUUGUACGGCAGCGGGAAGGAUUGACCCGCACUACGCGUCCACGGCGGCGGCAAGGAAGAACCGAGACCUGGUUCCAGAUGAAGAGAUGGUUUUGACGUCCGCAUGAUCAGAGCAGUUCUUGUCUUUGAUUCUUUCUUUCUUUUGUUC